UUAGCGCUAAAAGGAAAACAAAAUAGAACAGAAGGGUAAAACCGUCAAAAGGCGAAUUUGAGGGUUGAAUCUCUUGGCUUCAGCGUCGUUUGGAAGAAGCACCAAGUAGCGUUUGCGCCCGAGAGAAAUUUUCAUUGGUUCGUUCAUUCGUGUUUAAAAGCAAUUGGUUGACAGAGAAAGAGAAGAAGAAGAAGAAGAAGAGGAAGCGAUUGCAUGAAAAAUUGAAGGAUGAAGGGAUGGGAUGGGAUUCAAUCUUCUUUAUCUUCUCGAUCGAGUUCCACGUUGGGCCAUCAAGCUUCCUCUCGGUUGGGCCACCAACCUUCCUCUCGAUCUGUUCGACUCGGCCGAGUUCAGCCUCAGGCUCCGACUCACCGGACCAUCUUCUGCAACGAUCGCGAGGCCAAUUUUCCUAUUCGAUUCAAGGGGAAUUCUAUAUCAACUACCAAAUAUAACUUCUUCACCUUUUUGCCAAAAGGACUAUUUGAGCAGUUCAGACGAGUGGCUAAUCUCUACUUUCUUACAAUCUCAAUUUUGUCAACCACACCUAUUAGUCCGGUGUCUCCAAUAACAAAUGUGCUUCCUCUGUCUCUGGUGCUUCUUGUCUCUCUUAUCAAGGAAGCUUUUGAAGAUUGGAAGCGUUUUCAAAAUGACAUGUCCAUAAAUAACAAUGGUAUAGACGUUUUGCAAGAUCAAAAGUGGCAGUCUAUAUCCUGGAAGAAGUUGCAGGUUGGAGACAUUGUGAAGGUUAAACAGGAUGGAUUCUUUCCUGCAGAUCUGCUUUUCUUGGCAAGCACCAACGCAGAUGGUGUCUGCUACAUUGAGACUGCUAACUUGGAUGGGGAAACCAAUUUGAAGAUUAGGAAAGCAUUGGAAAAGACUUGGGAUUAUGUGACUCCAGAGAAGGCAUCUGAGUUUAAAGGUGAAAUUCAAUGUGAACAACCAAACAAUUCAUUGUAUACCUUUACUGGAAAUCUUAUAACCCAAAAGCAAACAUUGCCUCUCAGUCCAAAUCAAAUUUUAUUGCGGGGUUGCAGUCUCAGGAAUACAGAGUAUAUUGUUGGGGUUGUUAUAUUUACUGGACAUGAAACAAAGGUGAUGAUGAAUACAAUGAAUGUUCCUUCCAAAAGAAGUACAUUGGAGAGAAAGCUUGACAAGCUCAUACUAACUUUAUUUGCAACUCUCUUCAUGAUGUGUUUCAUUGGAGCCAUAGGCAGUGCUAUCUUCGUAAAUAAAAAAUAUUUUUACUUACAUCUUGAUUCAUCAGAAGAGGGCUCGGCACAGUUCAACCCCAGAAAUAGAUUCUUGGUUUUUAUUCUGACAAUGUUUACCCUAAUAACACUAUACUCAACAAUCAUUCCCAUUUCACUUUAUGUGUCCAUAGAGAUGAUAAAAUUUAUUCAAUCAACUCAAUUUAUCAACAAAGACUUGUCCAUGUACCAUGCUGAAACAAAUACACCUGCAUUAGCCAGAACUUCAAAUUUGAAUGAAGAACUUGGGCAGGUGGAAUACAUUUUCUCUGAUAAAACUGGAACUCUAACAAGAAAUUUAAUGGAGUUCUUCAAGUGUUCGAUUGGAGGAGAGGUCUAUGGCAAUGGUGUGACUGAAAUUGAGAGAGGAUUAGCAGAGCGCAAUGGAAUGAAGAUUGAGGAAAAUAUUUCUUCCAAAGCAGUGCAAGAGAGAGGUUUUAAUUUUGAUGAUGAUAGGCUUAUGAGGGGAGCUUGGAGGAAUGAGCCUAAUCCUGACGUUUGCAAGGAAUUCUUCAGAUGCCUUGCUAUAUGCCAUACUGUGCUGCCAGAGGGUGAUGAAUCCCCUGAAAAGAUCAGAUAUCAAGCUGCAUCACCUGAUGAGGCUGCUUUGGUUAUUGCUGCAAAACACUUUGGUUUCUUUUUCUACAGACGCACACCUACAAUGAUAUAUGUUCGUGAAUCUCAUGUUGAGAAAAUGGGCAAAAUUCAAGACGUGUCUUAUGAGAUUUUAAACGUGCUUGAGUUUAAUAGUACAAGGAAGCGUCAGUCUGUUGUAUGCCGUUAUCCUGAUGGAAGGCUUGUCCUAUACUGUAAGGGUGCUGAUACUGUAAUCUAUGAGAGACUGGCUAAUAUUAGUAAUAGUAUCAAGAAAGUCACCAGGGAGCAUUUGGAACAAUUUGGAUCUGCCGGACUUCGCACAUUAUGCUUAGCCUACAAAGAAUUACAUCCUGAUGUUUAUGAAAGCUGGAAUGAGAAGUUUAUCCAGGCCAAGUCUUCUCUAAAUGAUCGUGAAAAGAAAUUGGAUGAGGUGGCAGAACUUAUCGAAAAUGAUCUCAUUUUAAUUGGUAGCACAGCCAUAGAAGACAAGCUUCAAGAGGGUGUACCUGCUUGCAUAGAGACUCUUCAAAGAGCUGGUAUUAAAAUUUGGGUUCUUACAGGGGACAAGAUUGAAACAGCUAUAAACAUAGCCUAUGCAUGCAACUUGAUAAACAAUGAGAUGAAGCAAUUUGUGAUUAGUUCAGAAACUGAUGCAAUCAGAGAAGUUGAAGACAGGGGUGACCAAGUGGAGAUUGCACGGUUUAUCAAAGAAGAAGUGAAAAAAGAGCUGAAGAAAUGCCUUGAGGAAGCACAGAACUAUUUUCACUCCCUAUCUGGACCAAAAUUAGCUCUUGUAAUUGAUGGAAAAUGUCUAAUGUAUGCAUUGGAUCCAAGUUUAAGAGUGAUGCUGCUCAACAUUAGUUUGAAUUGUCAUUCUGUUGUUUGCUGUCGAGUUUCUCCUUUACAAAAAGCACAGGUCACAAGUAUGGUUAAGAAAGGUGCUCACAAAAUAACACUUAGUAUUGGUGAUGGAGCCAAUGAUGUUAGCAUGAUUCAAGCUGCUCAUGUUGGUGUUGGCAUAAGUGGGUUGGAGGGAAUGCAAGCUGUGAUGGCCAGCGAUUUUGCCAUUGCACAGUUUCGUUACCUUGCUGACUUGCUUCUUGUUCAUGGCAGAUGGUCUUAUUUGCGAGUUUGCAAGGUUGUCUUAUACUUCUUUUACAAGAAUCUCACUUUCACUCUUACUCAGUUCUGGUUUACGUUUCAAACUGGAUUUUCUGGUCAGAGAUUCUAUGAUGAUUGGUUUCAGUCACUAUAUAAUGUUAUCUUCACAGCGCUACCUGUAAUCAUUGUUGGAUUAUUUGACAAGGAUGUCAGUUCAUCUCUAUCCAAGAAGUAUCCUGAACUAUACAUGGAAGGAAUAAGAAAUGUUUUCUUUAAAUGGAAAGUUGUGGCAAUAUGGGCAUUCUUUUCUAUUUACCAAUCUCUAAUAUUCUUCUAUUUUGUGAGUACAACAAAUUUAAGUGCUAAAAACUCAGCAGGCAAGAUCUUUGGAUUAUGGGAUGUCAGUACAAUGGCCUUCACUUGUGUUGUAAUAACCGUCAACUUGCGACUGCUUAUGAUUUGUAAUUCCAUCACUAGAUGGCACUAUAUUAGUGUUGGUGGAAGUAUAUUAGCCUGGUUUAUUUUUAUUUUUAUAUAUUCAGGGAUUAGCACUCCUUAUGAUCGUCAGGAAAAUAUUUAUUUCGUCAUUUAUGUCAUAAUGACUACGUUUUACUUCUACGUCAUGCUACUUCUAGUUCCUGUUGCUGCACUUUUCUGUGACUUUGUUUACCAAGGGGUUCAAAGAUGGUUCUCCCCCUAUGAUUAUCAGAUUAUUCAAGAAAUGCAUAGAGAUGAGCUAGAUAACACUGGUAGGGCGCAGUUGUUGGAGAUAGGGAACCAGCUCACACCAGCUGAGGCAAGGAGUUAUGCAAUAUCUCAACUCCCACGUGAGAUAUCAAAGCACACCGGGUUCGCCUUUGAUUCACCUGGGUAUGAAUCCUUUUUUGCCGCACAGCUUGGUGUAUAUGCCCCACCCAAGGCAUGGGAUGUUGCUAGACGAGCCAGUAUGAGAACCAAGCCCAAGAUUGGCCAGCAGAAGUAAUUUGGUGUAGGAUGCUUGUACAUUACUUAGUUUCGGUUUUCCACCUUGAGAGCCAGCCUAGGAAUUGUGUAAAAUUAGAAUGUGUCAUAUUAAAUAUAGUCGUUUUCAAUAGGAUAUAUUCUGUUUCUUUUUGUGUUUUUCUUGGGUCGGGGAUUAGAGCAGAUUUUCAGGAUUCAUCUUUUGUACAUUCCAGGAUAUUCAGCAAUUAGUCUCUACUCAAUUUUGUGAAAUUUAGAAAUUGUGCCAUUCUUUUAGUUGAUUCCUGGAAUUCAGCUCUUUUCUUUGUAUUGGAUUUAUAUUACUCGUUUUUGGAUAUCUCCAAUUUUGGAUUGUUGAUCUUU